CUGCUGAGUGCAUCAUGGAAAGAGCCGUCGUGGUGUCGGCCCGCAGGACUCCCUCAGUACCAGAAUGCAACAUCUCUACCUCCACCUUGGCCUUCGAUCAGCACUUCACAACAAAUGCCAAAGGAAUACUCCUCCUGGCUGAGAUAGUGUGUGGUAUGUUAGUGUGGAUUCUGGUUGGGGGUACAGAGUAUUUUCAUGUGCCUGCUCUCUGCUGGGUGAUGUUUGUUUCCAUCUUGUGCUGGGUGCUGACCAUUUGCCUGUUUAUUAUUUAUCUCACUGGAGCCCACAGCAGAAUACCACAGGUCCCUUGGACUACACUGUCGCUGUGUUUGAACUGUGGUGCUACGGCUCUGUACCUGGUGACGGCAGUGGUGGAUGCUCACACAGUCAACCAGGCCAUUAGGGGGCGACACAACUACAACUGCUGGGCAGCAUCUGCAUUCUUUGCAUUUCUGACCACACUGUGCUACGCAGGAAGCGGCUGCCUGAGCUACCGUGCAUGGAAGACCACAGAAGAAGGACAAUAAUCGUGUUGCUUGUUCAGACUGUUCUCUGAGGAGCAUGUCUGAUGGAGAUCUCACUUCAGACGAUAGGCUUCAGUCAAAUAAAAUGCUUGUAUAAACUGUAAAUAUGGUCAUGAAAAGAUGGUAUUUUUAGUUGGAGUGAUAAAGACAGGAUUUGAAGGUGGGGUAUGCAAUUCUAAUGAAAUACAUGUAUUUUUGUACAAUUCAGCGAACAUCCCCUCAAGGUCUGCUAUUAGAAGUCAUCAAAAUUAAGUUUUAAGAUAAAAUUACUGCAUAAUGUUGCUGUAAAUGUCAGAUGAGCCUAAGCACAAUAAUCUACAGCAAUUUGUAGUGAAAAUCUUGUUCAUUUAGCUAAGUCAUCGGUCAUAGCAGAGCACUUGGCUGCAACCAGCAAAGAUGUUUAAUUUAAAUGAACGAUAAAAGGUGAUUGGUA